AUGAACCCGCUCGAUCUUGUCGCCAGUGCGCCGGGCUCAACCUUGCAGAACAGCUUGCCAUGCCAAGAGCUGUUGUUUUCGGACCUAGAUCCAACCAUGUCGCCUCCGACCUCAGUCCCUCCGGGGUUGGAUGAGUUGGAUGAUUUUCUCUCUGUUCAGCAUGCCGCUGAGGCCGAUGAUGUCGAUUCCAGCAACGUGACCACCAGCGUCAGAGACGACGGCCUCAGCGACGGAUGUUUGACCGAUAGCUUCUUCAACCAAGGCUGCUUCGCCGAUGGCUUCAUUGAAGGCUGCUUCACCGAAAGCCGCUUCGCCGAUGACUACAACGAAGGCUACCUCACCAACUACUCUAUAGUCGAGCUAUCAACUGAGUCCCACCAUGCACUCAUGGAUUGUUCUUUGUUUUCCAGAGACGGCAUACCGAGCGGGGCCGACGAACUCUUCGAUGACUUCAUCUGCUGGGACGCCGCGAACCUCACCGAGCCCCCGUCAGGGUGUUCGGACACCAGCACCCUAUCUACAACCGACAGCCUGGAGCAGGAUCGAAGCUGUGCCGAGAGCUCCCCGAGCUGGGUCGGCGAUUCUCCCGGCUGGGGGCCCUUGACGACAGGACUGCUCAGUGUUGACGAGGUCGGGUGCCUCAUGGACGAGGAUGAUCAGCUGCAGCUCGGAGAAAGCACGCCGCCCCCGGACACCUCCAAGGUGGAUGAAGAUGACGACGUCAUCUUUCUUUACGAACGGACAUGCCUCUCGCGAAAGCGUCUGCAGAAGAACCGACGGCAUCACCCACGGCUCCUUGGUCGAAGUCACUCCUCAGAUUCCAGCCUCUACUUUGCUCCAAUCUCUGAAGCUCUCGCCAGGUCCAAGAACAGGUUCAAAGCUCAUAAGUUGAGCAAACGACCUGAGCGGUGCAGAAGCCCGGCGCCAACCGCACGCGAUCCCCGCCGCUGGAUGAACGAGUGGUUCCGCCUGGAGAAGGUCGGCGUUUAUGAGUCUGGCGGCCGGUCAGUUUCGGAGUACACUUGGAUGGGACAGAAGAGGGGAUGGGGCAAGGGUAGGCGAGCCCAAGAUCUGGCUGAUGCCAGUCAGAUAUCCUACGUGGUGGUUCGGCGAAGCUCGGAGGGCUACGGAAUCAAAGCGUCGUGGAAUGAAGAGAGCGCGAUGUUCUUGGGUGAGGAUGGCAUGAACAACAAGACGGUGCGGCUCAGCAAAUGCGAGCCUCCCAUUCGUCCCACCUUUUGGUUGGAGGACCACAAAAUGGACCUUCUAAUCCGAAUGAUUAGGGACCAAAACAUGGACAGCACCGGUUUCGGAAGGGGCCCUGUUUCUGUACCUUCAUUCCACUCUGUCCAGCCUCUGAAAGAGCAAAACAGCCGUUGUUCGUCUUCUUCUGUUCGCUCUGGGACCGCCGCCAUCGCCUUCACUUGCGCAGAGGAGUCGAGGACAGGUGUUCGAGAAUCGGGCUGA